UCUUUCAGUUACUCACGAUCCUGCCGUGGUGGUGCAUCCACCUUUCGGUGAGUGCAUACCUGCUAACGAGAGAACGAUGCAACUGUGUCACUAGGCCGUAUGGCACGUGAUCCUGUCCUUGCACGGUGCUGCUCUUCUUUAUAUCCGUGGCGACGUCCAACGAUCGCGACGUAUCGGGAAUGCACUUCUUGAAUUUUCGAGAAAACGUGCGUAGUGCGUGAUCUACUUCUUCCACGAAAUUGUUCUCGUUCUCGUUCGAUUUCACCUCCCCCGUUGCUCUCGACCGCAAACGGUGAGCCUAAGUGUGUUUAUCGUAACACAAAAAGACCGGCUGAUGUCGCUAGGAAGUGAACGGAAGGAUAUUUGCUAUUGUCAGACGUUUUCACUGAAAGCAUGCAUAAACGUCGGUCCGUCGAUGGGAAUGUACAGGAACAGGCUUUGCCCAUUCCAGUUCAGAUGUUCCUUUGGCGACAAUUGAGGCCGUUCAUACGUGCGAAACUUGGCAAGCUUCACGAAGCAUCUUGCACGUUCUGUCAACACGCGCCAGGCCAUCAUGAGACCAAGGAAGCUUGUACGUCUCUGGAGAAGGUGUUAGUUCAGAAUCUUCACAAUGAUUUAACACCCUCUUUGAGCCUGAUACUGGGCACUGUGCCACGAUGGCGUUUGAUCCAAACCGCUCUUCCCUACAUUCUCCAUGCCACGGCCAAUCUCUUGCACAAUAGGAAGGAUUUUCAAACCCUUGGAGCCAUGGAAACAACUCUUCUUUACAUUCUGCAUUGGAUACUUCUCGACGCUGCCGAAGAAUGUGCCGAGACAGAUGCCGACCCAGGAAAUCCCUUUUACUAUUUAUUUUCUAUACCUACCAUGAGCCUGUUCGUCUAUCUUUUUGCGCCGCUGUGUAAUCAUCUGAAAGAUAUUGACUUUAAAGCAAAUUUACGUUUGGAAAAUGGUUUGAAAAUAUGGUCGGCUAUGUACGAAUGUCGUCAUCCAGAUACACCUUGCUUCACUACUCACUGUCGAAUUAAACCACAGGCUUUAUGGAGUCGUUCUUUCAAGUAUUACAAGCAACAUCAAAUGUCAGAUGAUGUGUUUGUCGGAGGAAACGUGGAAAGUCCACCGAGUCAAUCUGUUAGUGCGUUUUCUGAUCAAAGUGCAGACAAGUCUUCGACGAAACAGUCGAACGAUGAUAACAUUUGGGUAUCGUCGCCAAAGGACACUGUUUUUCCAGAAACAAUCCCCGAGGAGAGCUCUGGUGCCGAGGAUGAGCACGUAGUGAUCUUCAGAUUACCGUCCCUCAGCGAAUCGGAAAAAGCACUAGACGGGGGAGAAGCCAGUAUCUUUCAUGUAGCUAUGGGCAGGGCAACUGGUUUCUCAAAGUUAACGAUAGAACAGGUCACAGCAAUUUCGACAUUGGAUACUUGCAGACAAUACCAGGAGAGAUCGACGAUCGCAGGAGAUACGGAGAAAGAAAAAGAGGAUCAGCCUCAUAAAACGGAAAAAGAAGCGCAAGACACGUCGAAAAUGAAAGGUUCUGUGGAGCAACGAGGUCCUACCGAUUCAAGUGGUGUAGGGUUGACAAGUAGUUGUGCUGCUAUCGAUGGAGACGUUCGAGCCGCUACUUUCCUCGACGUAGCUGUGCUUAGGUGCCUUUUUGUUCCUCAAUGGCAGGAAGAAGGUGUAUAUUGGGCUCUACAAUUUUUAUACUAUAGAUUACGUAUGAUGAACGAAGAAACAUCGGUACAACAGAUGCCACGACGCCGUAGUAAUUCUUUACCAAUACCUAAGAUAGAAGUGUCGAUUUAUCAAAGUCCGGAAAGUAAAAAGAAAGAUGUAUCGAAGGAUUUUAUGGAAGUACCAGAAGUUCGAGACGUCACCUUGUUAACUGGUCACGAUGGUGAUACAAGUCAUACAAGACGAGCCAGCGAGAAAUCAAAGAAAAGAAUGAAAAUGGCUGACCUCAAAGCAUUUGUCGAAACAAAAUUGUUAUCGAAAUCUGAAAAAGCGCUUGAAAAAAUUGGUCAAGAUGAUUCGAAAAUGCUGUUCGAUCAGGACAGCCAUAGAAGCCUCGACACGGGGGAUGAUAAUUUAACACGACCUACUUCGACAGCGUCGAAAAUCUUUGAAGCGAAGGACAUUGAUCGUAUGAAACAUCCAACGAAUUUAAUAAAAGGAAAAAGCAUGCCAAGUUUAAGCUGCUUGAUUAACGAGCUGACCGCGGGAGGGUACGUCGGUGAUACUCGUAUCGAGAGGAAACAAAGUCGAUUUUAUAGUCAAUCGUACACCGCACCGAACCCUAUCAUCACUGUCACAGAACACACGCCUACGCCAUCCCCAGAUUACAUGAAGCGACAGGGUUCAAUCGAUAGUCAAUUAGAUGCUAUCAGUAUGCACGGUAGCCGUUUAGAUUUUGAAAGGAAACCCAGUCUUACACGGUCGCAGACAGAUUCUAAUAUUACUUACGCCAGCGACGAAAUACCGGAAGCACCUGGCUCCUGUUGUUACAUCACCAAAGAAGGCGAUAUCGAUCUGCAAGUCGUUUUAAAAGCCGUACACUCGGUCGCCUUGAGGGAUGGCAAUUGUUGCACUUUACGAGUGUGUGAAAAUAUAUUAAAUUUAGUGGAGCUUUUAAUAGAUAUGGGAGUGAUGAAGCAGUGUCUUCGCGACGAAAUUACGGGUAGCAUAGCUGAAUCUGCAACGGCAGGCGAAAAAACGGAAAGCGGAAAAAAGAAAGAUUCCCCCGAGAACGAGCAAGAAUACCGACAAGAUCUUUCGGAGGAGUCCAAAUUUUCAUCUCACAAUCUUUUGAUGAACUGUGUGAUCAGAGUACUGAAGCAUUUAGGCUGUCCGCACGGCUGCUCGGACAGAAUACGCGGACCGCAGACGGAUUUCUGUCGAUCUCAGGGACAAACGAUUCUCAGCAAAUUGCAUCGAGCCAGUUCGAAGCAAUUUUCUCGGUUCCUGAGAACAAUGGUGCGGGAACAACCGAUAUCGGAGAUUUUGGAAUUCUUUCAUGCAUUCGUUGGAUUCUGCUUGGAUCCAAGUUCGUUAUUAUCUCCACUUAAUCAGAAACGAGGAUGCAGCAAAUCACCAGAAAUCGGCUCGCAAGGAGGAUACGCGACGAAUUUUGGUGCUAAUUUUAUGGGAACUACCGGAGCUGGUGGUGGUACUGGUAAUUCCUCUGCGACUGCCGCUGCCGGUACCGUAGCUGCAACAACUACCGGAACUGCAGCAGGAUCGUACGGGCUUAGUAGUCACGGUGCUCGUGGCAUAGAAAGCCACAUUUUCAAUUAUGUUUUCAAAGCCCUAGUUACGCGAUUCAUAAAAUCGAUAAAGGAGUUGAAGUCGCAAGAAAACGUAAGUUUGUACUGCGAUCUUCGGCAAUUUAUGUCAUACGUUAAAGAAGUCCAUGGAGGUGCUUUUCGCCGUGUCGCUCUAAGUGGAAUCUUAGACUCUGCCGAUCGACCUAACAAGCGAUGUAACAGCAAUGUUCAAACUACCCGUGUUAUUAGGCAUAUACAUCAAUCUGAUUUGGAGGAACACGCAGAUAUCGGCGGGGAUACCUGUUACACCGUGGACGAUAGAGGUACCAGGAAAUUUCUUUUCAAAAAACGGAGUACAUCUUCAACUUGUGCAUUUACAUUCAUGCAGAGUCUUCUUGAAACGGAACUAAGCGAAGAGAAUGCGAAGAUUAGUCAAAGUCCUCUGGGAAAUUUGAGGAAAAAGCAUCACAUACUUACUCCACGACAAAGUGAACGUAAUUUAGGAAUAGAAUCGUUAAGUUCUGGGAAAAUUCGAAAAUCUACUCGCUUUCAAAUCGGUGGCAUAGUCAAUUGGUUUCGAAGGGAAUAUGGUAGAACUGAUUCUACUGAUAGCCACGAAAGUAGCGAAUCUCCAACAGACGGUAAUUUCGUUAGGCAAUCCAGUUUUCAUUAUGGCCAUCAUCGUAGUGGAUCUAGGUCGGGACGUGGCGUUGGCCUAACUUUGCAAAAAGCAAAACGUCGAAUGGAAGAUCAGUUGAAUAAAAUCGGCUUCGGAAAGAGUAAGAAAAAGGAAAGUCUAGAAGAGGUACCAGGAAGCUAUUUCAGCAGAAGGAAUUCUAUGGAAUUUGGCGAAGCUUCUAGGGAAUCUGAAUUCGUAGUGUUGAAAGAGAGAAGGCUGGUACCCCGUAACGCCGUCUACGAUGGAAUGCUAAGAUUCUCAUUCUUAUUGGAGACAUGCCAACCGGGUUCGGUUCCUGAUCACUAUCUUAUGGCGGCAAUCUUAGAUCUUCCUUAUGCCCCGGUGGUCGCACGAGCUUCUUUGUUAUUGGAAUGUGCCCAUUUUGUUCAUCAAUGUAACAAAGGGCAAUGGCCAACCUGGAUGAAAGUGAAUUCUCCUCUGUUUCGUCCAUCGGUUCCCAUUAAUAAUCGAAAUGCAUCUACAGUGCUGUCGAAAAUUCACAUAUUGCAACGUACUGCUGGAAAAUUAUUUUAUCAAUGGGCAGAGGCUCUUGGGACAAGAUUAGAAGAAUUAUUGCUGGAAGAUAAGCAAAACGCCGAUCAAAUGAUCGCAAUCGUAUCUGAUGAAAAUAAACAAAGAGAUUUAAUUAUCGAAGACGAGGAGGAAGAUUUCCUCGACGAAGCUAGCAUAAAUGGCUAUGGAUCUCAAUGUCCAAUGGCGUUACGCCUUGCAGCCUGUAUUCUACUUCUGGAAGUGACAGCGUUUCUAAGAGAAACUUACCAAACUUUGCCAAAAUUUAAUAAACUUCUAACAAAAGAACGACCACCACCUUGGGAAAGAAUGUACAGCAGAGAGGCAAAUCGACGAUGGAGCAUGGCACUUUCUUCGAUGGGUCAUUCCCAAACGUCGGCUCAAAGUCUUCAAUCGAUCGUAGGUGAUCGUGAAGUAGCUCCGGAACGCAAGAUCAGUUUCGUGCUUUACGAACCUGAUAACGAGUCAGAAGGUAGUAGUAAAUCGACUGUUACUAUCCAAGGAGAGGAUUUUCAAGGUACUGAGAAAGACAAGGCCAAACGAGUGCAGCCACCUCAAAGUCGACCGUUUCUCCUUCGUCGUGGGACGGCGGAAAAUGCAACUGGUUCGUUUAAAAAGCGAAGUUUGAAACUCAGACGUGGUACCAAAGAAGGCAAAGAUACGGAAUGCGAGGCUUAUACGGUAAAACGGGCAGAUUCGAUACAGUCGAAGAGAAAAGUGAGUUCACUGUCGGAUAAAAGCGACACCUCCGAGCCUGGUUUCGGAGGUGAAGUCAGCGGAGAAGAAUCUCCGGGAAUUCCCGUCGACGAUCAACUACCGGAGAGUCCCAGCGACAGCAACGAAACGGACGAGACGAAUAAAAAUUUCCCGUGGAUGAAAGUCUUGAUACAGUUCACCAAUUCGUUCAACUUUUACUGUUCUCAUCAGAACUUUUGUCAUCCGUAUUGCCACCGGCGUCAAAUGCGGGCGUGUAGCAGGUUGAUGAAGUCUAUAAGGAAAAUUUAUGGAGAAGAAUUUGGGAUCCUCAAUGGUACAGGAAUGUUUGACUUUGACACUGAUAAAAAGGAAGCGAGUAAAAAGGAGAAACGCAGCCGGAAGGUUUCGGAACAAGCGAGUACUCAAGUGUCGCCUGUGCGUAGAAAGGAUAGCGUAGGGAAAAAAUACAAGAUCGAGAAGAACAUGGAUGGAUCUCAGUCGGGUAGACUGGCUCAACGAGAUUCGUCGAAGGAUUUGGCUGACCAAGAUUCAGAGAAAGGGAAAGAAUCUUCGAAAAAGCGUGCAGACCCUGAUAGAGAAAAUUCACCGAUUCUGAAAUAUUUAAGAACUCAAGUGAAGGACAUAUUUCAUGCACCGCUAGCUACUUUGGUGAAAGGUGCGGUAGUAAUGACCGAGGAAUUAUUCGUGGACGUUCUACCCGUUGCGUGGGAACUUUUGUUAGAAUCGAACCAAGAAGUCGCAGCGUCCGCCGCGUCGCUUUUCAUAGUCGGGGCUGUACGAGCUCCUAACCAAGCCAGCGAAUUGAUGCACCAUGGUCUUCAACAUAGUAGCACGAGCGUACGAAUAAACGCGAUACUAAGGUUUCAAGUGUUAUGGAAGCUACGGUAUCAAGUUUGGCCACGUAUGGAAGAAAACGCUCACCUCACGUUCAAGGUUCCUCCACCUGGCAUAGAGUUCACGUUACCCUCGCCAAAAAUCGGUAUCGAGUCAUUGCCCGUCGUGGAUCCACCUUGGAUGCCACAAGUAAAAACAAAGGUGGAGGAAGUGACUAUUAACCAGGAACAUCAUAGGUCCCUGGUGACGGCAACGAAAACUCGUAAGAAGCAACAAACUGAACUCAUAAAAAGGGCUUUGCAGGCACAAGACGACAAGAAACGCGAAGAAAGGGAAAACUUUUUGAUCACUACCAUACCGAUUACCGUGCAAGCAGCAUACGAGCCCAGCCCUGUUGGGGAUGAUCAUGACGAAGGAAACGUUGGGGACGAAGAUGGUGGUGAAACUAUACAAAGAAACACGUCUCAUCAUGGCCAAUCUGCACCUUCGUUAUUCCCUUCUUCCUUAUGCUCUGCAAUCGUACAAAUAAUUCAUCUACUUGACGAUGCCGCCGUUUCGGACGAUGGAAGCGCUGUUUACGAAGUCGCAUAUCAAGUAAUCUGGAAUUGUUUGGUAGAAGAUAGUGCGCUAUUCUUGCGUUACGUUUUGGAACGUCUAACCAGAGAGAAGCAGGAAUUGAUGUUUAAAAUCUUGCGACAUCUUAUUCGGUUUGUGCCGAAGCUCCCUCAACAGGCUGCUUUUGCUUUGUACAAUUACAUCAUUGGAUAUGUUAUGUUUUACGUACGUUCUCCGCACGAAGAAGGACAAAAAUUGAUCGGAACAGCACUUUCCAUUCUAUGGAUGGUUGUGCACAGCGUCCACGGAAUAAUGUUCAAAGAUUUGAAGCAAAUAUUACGGAAGGAACAAUGCGAUGCUUCGAUCUUGUUAACCGCGAACGUCCCAUCUGCAAAAAGAAUCGUAGUUCACGGUCCUCAAGAUCCAGACGCAGGAGGAAUUCCCUCGCAGUUUCCGGUGCAGGAAGACACGCAAUUUUGUCAGAUACUGCAAGAAUCUUUAGACUUUUUUAGUAUCGAGGAAUCGAAACAACGAGAGUAUUUCCUUGUUGACUACAAAACACAUCAAAUUCGCAAUCCGUCAUCGUACGUUCGAGAUUACUAUUUCUUUAAAGGUAGAUCGCAAUUUUCGGAAAUCGAGUUGGUUCACAUGAAACCGGAGGACGCAUUCAACGCUUUGCAGCGUCAAGAACUUGUUCACAAGUUCGUCGAAAUUGGCAAAGUCUUGUUAACGUGGGCAAUCUUGAAAAAUGUCGACAUGGUAGUCCAAAGAGUGGUCUUUCUUCACGAAGAACUAAUGAAGCUACCUUCUUUCCCAAGAAGAGCACUGGAGGCGGAUUUGGACUUGUACAAAGGCGGUGAGAUCGGCAGAGAGCUUCUUGGUCUAGACGUGAUGCACAAAUUUAUGUGGGUGAAGCUGAUUGCCAGGAUGUUCGAAGCGAUGGCAGGAAAUUUUGCUUAUUCAGGGGAUAUUCAUCUGUUUCUAAACGUAUUAAACGGUGCAUUGAUUCUGCACAGCGAAGAUUCCUGUAUUUUGCGUUACGUCAUAGCUACGUACAUCAACGCCGCGCAUAAUUUCAAGAAUAUCUUUUCAACGAAUGGCUAUUUGCUAAUUAUGCCAACGUUGUUGCAAUUGUAUUCGACUCAUCAGACGAACAAAUUGGUGACAACUACCGUAGAGUACGCUGUUAAACAGUUUUAUCUCAUGAAUCGAAAGCCGUUCAUUCUUCAAAUGUUUGGGAGCGUUUCCACCAUACUGGACACGGAUGAGACCAGCAUCCAUGGAGAAGCGCACAAGGUUCCCUCGGCGUGUCUAUUUAAUUUAUUAUUGAGUCUGGAAACUCCAUCGCCGGAUCCUUUGCACAUAGAUGAAUUGGUUAAAGAAGAAAAGCCUCUAAAAGCUAUCGAUUUUUGUUAUCACGAUGAGAACGAAAUGGUUACCGUAUUAGAUUGCAUAUCUCUUUGCGUGAUGGUAAUAGCUUACGCUCCUGAUUCCGUGAGGGGUCAACAAAUGCUGACCAUAUUGGAAGCGAUACUACCUUGUUACGUUCAACAGAUACAAUCUCCGACUUACAACAAAGAAGGAAAAACCGAGAAAGAAAUAAUACAUCAGUUGGCCAUAGCUGUGAAGACCUUAGUGAAUAAUUCCGAAGCACUCACAAAAUAUUACAACGGACCGCAAAAGUCGAGCCCUGAGCACAAGGGUUCUAGUCAAAGAAAUUACGGCAAGGGUCCGUAUUCGCCUGGUUUUGACUUCGAAGAUGAAAGUCAGUCUAUCAAGUAUAUAGAACAUUCUAGAGUGCGAAUCUUCUACGAUCGAGACAACGACGAUGCCGAAAAUUGUCAUAAAAAUGAGUUUCGAGGACCACGCGAUAUGCUAUUGAACAUGGUAGGAGACUUUGUAGCUCGUUGCUCGGCUCGUUUGGUAGAAUUGAACAAGAAAUCUCAGGAUGGCAAGACGAUCGAAUUGUUGGACUCCAAAUGCCAUAUACGAUUAGCGGACAUUGCGCAUAGCCUGUUGAAAAUAUCUCCAUACGAUGCUACUACGAUGGGUUGUCUCGGCUUGAGAAGAUACAUGAACGAUAUUUUACCUUCGACCGAUUGGUCCAGUGACGAUAUGAGGCCUGCACUGACAAAUAUUUUAAGAAGACUGGACAAAACGUUUAGCAAAAUACAUAAAAAAGCUUCGAUAAGGGGAAGCACCGAUUGGGCUGCAGCGAGCAAUAUUUUGAAAGGAGUUUACGAAACAUUGGCCAAAUGUCCUUACAUCGCCCAUUUCGCAUAUUUAAAGGCAUUACUAACCACUUGUCAGUCGUUGAUCAUUGGAGAUACCCCGUCGGAGUAUAUAUCAGCUUCCUCAGCCGCUUUUAUGAGUAAAAUACCUCCGCAACAUUUUUGCUCGACGGUGCUUCGACUGAUAGCACUCUACGUUAUAUCUCUUGGAGAAGGAUACCUACACGCUAUGUUUGCAACUCAGACUCGAAUCGAAAACGUGCUUCUUAAUUUAUUAAUACCGUUGUUUCUACGCGUGGGAACUGGAAGAAAAGACGUACCAAAGCUGAGACAGUCGGAUAUAAAUUUUGCUUUAACCGCGGUAUUAAAUACUUUAUGGCCACCUACCACGAAGACUGUGCCAAUAACUUCACAAAAUAUAAAGACAACGACAGACAUGAGAACGGGUAGUUUAACGUUUGUAGCGAGAGAUUCAAAGACUUUAACUAAAACGUCGUUAACGUUGUAUCAAAUUGCCUUUCUAGCCUUAAAAAUAAUGACGAUAUGCUUCGAAACGGAACUGAAAACCGAAUGGCCAAAAAUUUUACGCACAAUGCGUUUGUUGAACAAACGAAACGAGGCUUCCACUUAUCUCUGGAACUUUAUAGAAUUCGUAGUAACUCAUCGAACCGCUUUGUACAUUCAAAUGCUACCGUUCAUCGUUCACAAGAUCGGUCAAGCACCCAUUUCAGAGCACGAGAGAAAUAUGCAGACCACCAUACGAGCAAAGAUUAGCGGCGAUACUAAAACGGUACCAAAGUCACGUGGUACUCUACUGGCUGAUCUUAUACACGAAUUGAAGAACUUGAAAGAAGAAAUAGAAGAUCGGAAAUUUGACGAAAUACAACCAGAACCGAAGAAGAGUGUCCCGGACAUGCAUACUGCGACCGAAGGGCAAUCUCGCACACAGAGACUAUCGUUGAUCGAUCUUUUAACCGGGGAUCUUGGAACCAGGGGUCACAUGAAUCAUCAGACAAAUUCAAGUGGUACCAUUAAAACAACGCAACCGAGUCAAGUAUCGGCGCCACCAAAUGGUAUACAAACUGCACGUGGAUCGAGUACAAGCGGAGGUUCCUCCACCCUCCGUGAAGCUUGCGAAGGUAUCGCCGAGCAGCAAGGGGAACAACUACCAACAGAUAAAUCCCAACCAUCUUCUACUAGCGAUGAACGUAACCAUGUAAAGCCUCAUCCUAUAUUAACUCAUCAAAAGGCGCCAAAACUGCGCUUUCUCUCCUCCGUAGAGUUUAGGCACUCAUCAGGGGAAACCGUGACGAGCCAACUCAGUCCAACCAGUCCAAACGAGGACAGUUCAGGCGAAUCCCGCCCAGACAAACCUCGAUUACAACGCUCUAUGGGUCAAAGCAAGAAGACUUUUCGAUUGCGAAAGAGUCGAAGAAGUCACGUAGAAACAGUGCAAGCGAAAUCAGAACAAAGUAAUAACGUAUCACAACCAACGACCCAGUCAUCGAUACUAACACCACCGAUUCCAGUGAUGGAACCGUCGAGCUUCAGCAUCCCCUCCGAUUCGUCGUCGAUUCGUUCAAGAAGAAGUUCGUCUAUCCGACAAUCGGACUGCGAAAAGGGCAGUAAUUUGCUGAGCGAUCAGCAGCAAAUGCAUUCUAACCUUCACCAUCACCUAUACCAUCACCAUCAUCAUCACCAUCACCUUCACCUUCAAACAUCAGAUGCUUCAUGGGACGAAGAUACAUCCAGUACGUCCGGUUAUCGUGAGUCGUACAGUAUGCAAUUGGUGUCACUAGAAAGCAGCAACAAUAACACUCGUCCAAUUCAAGCACCGCCUUUAGCAUCGCCAGAUUUGAACGACAUGCCCUCGACUAGUAGCACUACGACUCACAUUUUCGAGGGAAGCUCGCCAGAUUGCUCUAUCAACGGAAGCGGAGGAGAGAAAACUGCAUUGUUAACAGCUAGUCAAAGAACAACCUCUCAACAUUCUCUGUUGAUGGUUUUCCCGAAUCAAGACGAAGAUACGUUGAUCUAAGGCAAUUAACGAAUAUAGUCGAUGUAUACCAUGACGAGACUGAUUAAAGCGUCAAUAACCUCUAAUUGCUAACGGGAAGUCUCGCAGUACAUAUCCAUGUGCUAGUAUUAUUUGCCACUUGAAUCGUUCUUUCAAUCUCGAUUUAAUAUACGAUACCUUUCUUUUCCAAUAUGUUUAGGUGUUAAUAGGAAGAGAGUACUAUUUUCCGUAUAAGAAUAAGCGCGAAUGGCACGUACCGUCGAUUACCGUCAACAAAAAAUUGCGUUAGCAAUUAAAGGUUUAGUCGAACACGACAAUGUAGAGAAUUUUCGUAACGUAGAACGACUGAGAAUUAAGAAACUGAUCUAAUACGGUGUUCAGAGUUUUCAAUAAUGUUCUCCGUUGACCGGAAAGACCAAUUAAAAAUACAUAUGUUGAGAGCCUAGCCUCGUGGUCACGGAAUAUGUACUUUGUAAUACUUCGACGAGCGUAGCGAAAUUACGACCACGUGGAUGAUUAGGCCUAAAUAUUUGUAUGUCACGACUCUGUAAAAAACGAACAUUUGAAAUAAAAAUACUUUAAGAGAAUCACAAUGAA